AUGCCCAUUCACGCGCAUAUGCCCAUAGUCGUCCGCCGUUUCACUGCCCCUUCGCCAGGCGCAUCGAUGUCGCGGUUGUUCCUAGCCGCGCCCGGUUCUCUGUCCAGGGUAGAGCAUUCCGCCUUACAUAGAUUUUGGUCCAUUUAUAUCGUCGCCGUCACCUUCGCGCACUUCCCUCCCGUCGCCUUCGCGCACUCCCCUCCCGUCGCCUUCGCGCACUCCCCUCCCGUCGCCUUUGCGCACUCCCCUCCCGUCGCCUUCGCGCACUUCCCUCCCGUCGCCUUCGCGCACUCCCCUCCAGUCGCCUUCGCGCACUCCCCUUCCGUCGCCUUCGCGCACUCCACUCCCGUCGCCUUCGCGCACUCCCCUCCCGUCGCCUUUGCGCACUCCCCUCCCGUCCCCUUCGCGCAGUCCCCUCCCGUCGCCUUCGCGCACUCCCCUCCCAGGAUGAGCACUCCCUCCCGUCACUCACGCUUCCUUCCCGACGUGCGAUCAUGCUCCCUCCCCUCCAGUCGCCUUCGCGAGACGCCUCUUUCGCCCCUCCUCAUUCCUUUCCGUCGCCCAGCACACUCCCCUCCGUCGCCAAGCUCACUCCCCUCUGUCGCGCUCGCGCUCGUGACCUUCCCGUCGCCUUCGCGCAUUCCCUUCCGCCGCACCCCGCUUGGGGCGCACGGCCGAUUCCCUCCCAUCGCACACUGGCGCCCUCGCUCUCCCUUUCCAUCUCUUCCCGUUCUCCCAAAUCACGACCGCACGUCCUCUCUUUUCGUAUCGUCAUCCCAUCUCCUCCUCUCCCCAUCCCUCCUCCAACCCUCCCUCCACCCCCCAUCUCUCCUCUUCCCAUCCCCAUCCCUCAUCUCCUCAUCCCUCACCCCACUUGCCUCUGCUCCCCAUCUUGCAUCUCCCCAUCCCUCAUCUGACCAUCCCGCAUCUCCCCAUUCCUCACCUCCCCUUCCCUCAUCUCCCCAUGCCUCCCCACCCCAUGCCUCAUCUCCUCAUCUCGAACGAUCACUCCAUUCCGCCUCACCCCAUUCCACCUCCCCAUCCCUGAUCUCCCCAUCCCUCGCCUUCCCAUCCCUCCCCUCCCCUUCCCUCAUCUCCCCAUCCCCCAUCUCCCCUUCCCCAUCUCCCCAAUCCGCCCCACCCCAUUCCGCCCCACUCCAUUCCGCCCCACCCCUUUCCGCCAUGCCAUCAUCACGCCAUCCCUCAUCUCCCCAUCCCUCACCUCUCCAUCCCUCAUCUCCCCAUCCCUCACCUCCCCGUCCAUCACUUCUCUGGUCUUCCUCUCCCUCUCCCCUCUCCUCUCAUUCCUUACCCUGCUCUCUCUCCUCUCCCUCCUCCCUUUCCACUCGCUCCGCCACUCCCGCCGUGCUUCUCCCUCCCCCCAUUCCACCUCGCCCCAUUCCGCCCCACCCCAUUCCGCCCCAUCCCAUUCCGCCUCACCCCAUUCCGCCUCCCCCCAUUCCGCCCCACCCCAUUCCACCCAAACCCCGCUUGUCGCGCACCCUACUUCCCUCCGUCCCCCUUGUCCCCUCCUCACUUUAUCUCCUCUUCUCCCCUUUCCCCCCUCACCCCAUCUCCUCCUCUUUCCGUCCACCCCUCCUCACCCCAUCUCCGCCUCACCCCAUCUCCUGCUCUUUCCAUCCAGGCCUCCUCACCCCAUUCCGCCUCAACCCAUUCUGCCUCCCGUCCUCUCCCCAUCCCCUCCUCUUACUAUACCUCCUCUCCCUGUCUCUCCUCUCCCCAUCCCUCCUCUCCCCAUCCCUCCUCUCCCCAUCCCUCCUCUCCCCAUCCCUCCUCUUACCAUCCCUCCUCUCCCCGUCCCUCCUCUCCCUAUCCGUCCUCUCCCCAUCCCUCCUCUCCCCGUCCCUCCUCUCCCUAUCCGUCCUCUCCCCGUCCGUCCUCUCCCCAUCUGAUCGUCUCCCCAUCCGUCCUUCCCCCAUCCGAUCCUCUCCCCCUCUCCUCCAGGUGUUUCCCACACUGUCCUCGGCCUUGCGUGCACCCGGGAGCUGCUUGGGGCGCUGUGGGCGGAUGGCGGCGGGCAGAGUCGCGCAGCAGAGGCCUACGUGGUGCUGCAGGGAUCCCUUCCCCCUGUCCUCCCGACCCCUCUUCCUCCCUUCAUCACUCCCUCCCUUCCUGCAUUCCCCCCUUCCGCCCUCCCUCACAUCCUUCAUCACUCCCUCCCUUCUUGCUUCCGCCCGCCCGCGCUCACUCUCUUCCCAUUGCCCGCCCCCAUUCCCUCCCGUCACCCACACUACGUCCCCUCCGUCGCUGAUGUGCACACCCCUUGAACGAGCAUGCUCAAUCCCCUCCCGCCCUGUCCUAUCCCCUCACCCCGCCCUGUCCUAUCCCCUCACCCCGCCCUGUCCUAUCCCCUCACCCCGCCCUGUCCUAUCCCCUCACCCCGCCCUGUCCUAUCCCCUCACCCCGCCCUGUCCUAUCCCCUCACCCCGCCCUGUCCUAUCCCCUCACCCCGCCCUGUCCUAUCCCCUCACCCCGCCCUGUCCUAUCCCCUCACCCCGCCCUGUCCUAUCCCCUCACCCCGCCCUGUCCUUUCCCCUCACCCCGCCCUGUCCUUUCCCCUCACCCCGCCCUGUCCUUUCCCCUCACCCCGCCCUGUCCUAUCCCCUCACCCCGCCCUGUCCUAUCCCCUCACCCCGCCCUGUCCUAUCCCCUCACCCCGCCCUGUCCUAUCCCCUCACCCCGCCCUGUCCUAUCCCCUCACCCCGCCCUGUCCUUUCCCCUCACCCCGCCCUGUCCUUUCCCCUCACCCCGCCCUGUCCUUUCCCCUCACCCCGCCCUGUCCUUUCCCCUCACCCCGCCCUGUCCUAUCCCCUCACCCCGCCCUGUCCUAUCCCCUCACCCCGCCCUGUCCUUUCCCCUCACCCCGCCCUGUCCUAUCCCCUCACCCGCCCUGUCCUAUCCCCUCACCCCGCCCUGUCCUAUCCCCUCACCCCGCCCUGUCCUAUCCCCUCACCCCGCCCUGUCCUAUCCCCUCACCCCGCCCUGUCCUAUCCCCUCACCCCGCCCUGUCCUAUCCCCUCACCCCGCCCUGUCCUAUCCCCUCACCCCGCCCUGUCCUUUCCCCUCACCCCGCCCUGUCCUUUCCCCUCACCCCGCCCUGUCCUUUCCCCUCACCCCGCCCUGUCCUAUCCCCUCACCCCGCCCUGUCCUAUCCCCUCACCCCGCCCUGUCCUAUCCCCUCACCCCGCCCUGUCCUAUCCCCUCACCCCGCCCUGUCCUAUCCCCUCACCCCGCCCUGUCCUUUCCCCUCACCCCGCCCUGUCCUUUCCCCUCACCCCGCCCUGUCCUUUCCCCUCACCCCGCCCUGUCCUUUCCCCUCACCCCGCCCUGUCCUUUCCCCUCACCCCGCCCUGUCCUUUCCCCUCACCCCGCACAAACCCAGGCGAGCAUGACAGAGGCCCAGACGCCCUGCAUGGACGUGCCACCUCCGCUUGCUCCUGUUUUCAGCAUCUCUAA